GUCAGCUGCAGUCAGCUGUCAUGUUAUUCCAUCAAUUUGUGAUUCGUUUCUGACAUGUAAAUUAAAACAUAACCGAAAAUGGAGCAAAGAUUGACUUCUCGUGAUUUCUGUCUAUAACAAUAAUGAAAGUUUUUCACGUUUUAAUUUAUUUCGCGUAUUUUAAAGGUUAACUAUGACCAAAUUAUGGUCGAAUAUAAGAAUAAAUUUUUGCCUGUAGACUUAUUAAAAAGAAUUCUUUGAUGUUGCCAUGGAUACGGGAGCACAUUGUGGACGCCUGGCAUAGCAGAAAGAGUUCAAGGGCCCAGAGGAGGUCCUUGAUUCUUUCUUCCAUCAGAUCAGGGGUUCCUGAGAAUCGUAACAACGCAAUGCUUAUGCCAUCGUCUUCAACACUUGAAACAUUUACCAUUAAAAUAAUAAGUUUGGAAGGAUCUGUUUUUGAAACAACCGUCAAACCGGAAUUCACUAUUGAAAAAGUCAAAACAACAGCAAUGAAACAUUUUUACGAUCAGGAUGAAUCAAAAACUGCUUCCAGUUUUCGUCUCGUUCACGCUAAUAAUUUUAAAGUACUUGAUGAUGAUCACAAAUUAACUGAAGAAGACUGCCAAAAUUUCGACGAACUUCUGUUGUCGGAAAUUCGACCUCUCGAAGGUAAAGAAAAUUUAUCCAAAGAAAAUUUGAAGGGACCGACUGAAGAUGAAAUAUUAAAUGCAACCGCAGAUUUACCGAUAAAAAAUCCUUCGCGACCUAUGCCAAAUUCAAGUUGUCCUGUUGAUUUUCAACAAGAGAUUCACAAGAUUUUAAUAACCCUUGUUCAAGCAUCGGCCAAAAUUCUCAUGUACAGUCCAGAUGCAGAUAAAUUUUAUAAAAAUAUUAGAGAGAGACUGGAGACCAGGUACAAGCCGCCAAGCGAUCCGAAAGCUGUGAAAUAUCUCAUGGACAUGGGUUUCACGGAAAAUAAAGUCAUCAAAGCGUUACGCUUAAGAAAAAUGAACACGGCCGAGGCACUCGAAUGGUUGAUAGAACACGAAGAUGAUGAAGAUGAGGAGGAUUUGCAACUUCCUGUUCUCGAUUUAGACUCAAUAAUGGCCGGUCCCAGCACAUCAGACGAAACAGGGUCGAGCAUUGAGCCAAAUCUUAUUAAUAUUGUUGCAUUGACCUUGGAGAGCUUCCGACAGUAUAAAAAAUUGGAAUUCAAACCUAGUCCUAAAAUAGUGCAUUCUCUUCAAGAAAUGGGCUUUGAGGAGAAGAAAAUUAUUGAAGCACUUAAAGUCACUGGAAACAAUCAGUCGAACGCUUGUGAAUGGUUGCUGGGGGAAAGGAGACGAAGUCUGCAGGAUUUAGAUGAAGGAAUUAAACCAGAAGAACCGAUUUACAAAGCAAUUAUGACUAAUCCUCAUAUUCAACUUAGCCUCACGAAUCCAAAAUUUUUACACGCUUAUUUAUCAAUUCUGGAAACACCAUCCUCGACAAAUUUGUGGAUUAACGAUCCCGAAGUAUCUCCAGUUCUUAGUCAAAUUUUUAAAACAUAUCACGCAGAAAAACAUGCACUCGACAUGGGACAAUUUAAUAGCUAACGAUUCAAGAAACUGCGUAACAGCGUCGACAGAUUUUCUAUAUAUUUUCCGAACAAAAUUUACUCACAACUUCAUUUUCCAAAUUUCGGUGAAAAUUUUUUUGAUAGGUACAAAUGAAUACAGAAAAUGACCUUGAUUCCUUUGUUUUUAAUAUUGACAUUGAGUUUUUUUCAGACAAAAAAGAAAUUAAAUUUUUUUUUCUUAUUUCCCUAUGCUCUUAUUUUUCGAAUUUUCAUUUCAUUGUCGCGGAUGAAAAUCAAUAUUACUU